UUGGAGAUAGAAGCUAAUCUGUGGAUCAAGCAGAAUCAAAAAUAUUGAUUUUGUCGGACGCUGCAUCCGAUUUUAUUUGUCAAACUAAAUGUGUGGUUUUUUGUAGGAACAAUCUCAACUUAAUUUUUCAUAAUCGUUAUAUUAUUAAAAUCAUUCAAAUAAUCGCAAUAUGAUACGAAAAAUCGUUUGACAGCACGUGCGAUUAAAUCGCAUGCGAUGGAGCACAGACACGGGCCUUACUUGUCUCUGUUGAACUUCUGGUUCUGGUUGCUAGUGAUUUCCAUAUAGAGUUUUAUACUUUAAGUGAUUUGGGAAAUGGUUAUAUGACUUUUUGGUUAGUAUUACGAAAAAAUCUGUAAUUUUCGGUAGGAUAAAUGAAAAAUCGGUAGUUUUAGGGGGCUCAUCUGUGAAUCGGUAGGCAUAUCAAAAAUCGGUAGUAAUACAGAUAAAUCGGUAUUUCUGGUCACUCUGCUCACACACCUAUCGCCCUCUCCCGGGAGCGAUAACACAACACCAAAACUGAUCUAGAUCUUUCCCGGCCCCCCUCCGCCGAUCGAGGACGCGCCGAACCUGUCACAGCGCACGUUACCGCACCGGCUUGUUGACCCGGUGUUUGACGUUUGCUUUUUUUUUGUUAUUUAGCAGCGCAUUUAUUUUGCCUUCGCCCUGUAUGUUUCCCAAGUCUCAAAUCGAUCGGGCGCCGGCACAACAACUCUACGAUCUACGUCACUACGUCACUACGCUCUAAUCAUCUGUGUGUGUGUGUGUGUGUAUGUGUGUGCGUGUACGUUUGUUAUGAGUUUCAUCAUCAUCGUCCCGUAAUUGCCAAGCGAGAGGAAAAAAACAAAUAAACACUGACACACACACACACACACACACACUGCCGCCAUGAACUUCCUUGACUCGUUGGCGUGGAUUGUGCCGGCGGGAUUUGGAUUUGCAUCGGCCAGGAGGACCUGUCCGUCCUGCUACUAAUCUCCAGUUCCUUGUUUUUUUUUGUGAGCGACCUUGUGCGAAUUCCAGUUUCUUCUUCUCUUUGUUUUUGACAUUUGCAUCUAUCUACGUGUGUGUGUGAUUGAACUAAUUCUUUUUGUUUUCUUUUUUUUUUUUGGUUACAGCUGUCGUACGCCUUGACCACUGAACAUUCCACGGCGAGAAGCUGCUUUGGAGGCUGUAAGGGCACCGUACGCGUGUGUGUGUGUGUGUGUGUGUGUCUGUUCAAGAGACAGCCGCCGUAAUCUGGCUUCGGCGUGAUAGGGCGGAAAAUUUCCUUCCCAAGGCAGGAAAUGGGCCGUUGACACUGGGCUGCAAAGACGAUUAGAGCAGAGAAAGACUAACACUCUGUGUGUGUGUGGGUAUUUUUCGGUCAGUAAAUUCGCUGAUAACACGGCUAGACAGGAAGGGCGAAGCGCAGUGCGGGAGCAGUUCAGGGCCGUUCAGGGCGAACCAGUUCGGGCCCGGGAAGGGAGGGAGGAGGGAUCCAUAUAGUCCCGCCGUUCCCCGGGCGCGAUGCUCAGUUACCAAACCAACGCCCGUGGCUAGUGUCCGGCUGAUUUCCUUUCCAACGGCGACGACGUCGAACGUUCUUUCCGUGUUUUGUGUGAUUUCUCACAACGUGUGCGUGUGUGUGUGAAGCAUUUUUUAGGCAGCAAACUAGUGUUAGAUUGAUGAAACCCAACACCACAGCAAACGUCUCGAUCAACCCCCUAGCUAAGCAACAGUGCAGUGUUUGACACGAUAGCGGAUAACGGACGCGGCACUUAAUCGGGUCGGCAGCGCAACAAUAAAUGCAUAACGCCCACCUGCUGCCGUUCAAUCGAUGCGAUCUUGCCAACAAGACGCCCCUGACCUGGCUGGAAGUGUUGGAUAAGGGCUAAAGCGCUUCCCUCUUGCCCCGCCGAGCGAGACAGCAAACGAUGGCACCGAAGUUCCGUGACGUCGAUCAAACGACACCCCUCCUGCAUGACUGUAACAACAACAACAACAACAACAACAACAACAGCAGCAACAUCAACAACGGACGGCUCAGCAAUGGCACCGUCGUCACCGGUAGCACCAACAGCAGCGCCACCACCAUUGUCCACCUAGCGGCCGGCGGCGACCGGAAGCCAGGGAAACCGGGCGCGCUGCUGCCCGAUCCGGUCGCGGGCCGCACGCUCGACCAUCCGACCACCAACCUGGACACGCUGAUGCACAUGCUGAACGGGAACCUCGGCACGGGCAUACUGGCCAUGCCGGACGCGUUCAAGAAUGCCGGCCUGUACGUCGGCUUCUUCGGCACGCUCGCGAUGGGCGUCAUCUGCACGCACUGCAUGCACCUGCUGGUGCGCUGCUCGCACGAGCUGUGCCGCCGGUACGGCCGGCCGUCCCUGUCCUACGCGGAGGUCGGCUACUGUGCGCUCGAUUCGGGCCCGCGGUGGGCCCAGCCGCUGGCCGCCAGCUUCCGGCGGCUGAUCAACAGCUUCCUGCUCGUGAUGCAGCUCGGCCUCUGCUGCGUCUACUACCUGUUCGUGGCGGUCAACGUGCGCGAGCUGCUCGACUACCUCGGCUGCCCGGUGCCGGUGCUGACCGUGCUCGCCUACCUGCUGGUACCGCUCGCCGCCAUGAACAUGGUGCGCAGCCUGAAGCUGCUCACCCCGACCUCGCUGGUCGCGUCCGUGCUCGCGAUCGCCGGGCUCGCCAUCGCCUUCCUCUUUCUGCUGCAGGACCUGCCGCACAGCGGGAGCGUGCGGCCCGUCUCGUCCUGGUCCACGCUGCCCCUGUACUUCGGCACGGUCAUGUACGCGUUCGAGGGCAUCGGCGUGGUGCUGCCGCUCGAGAACAACAUGGCCAACCCGCGCGACUUUAUCGCGUGGAACGGUGUGCUGAACACGGGCAUGACGAUCGUGGUCUGCCUGUACUCGGCGGUCGGUUUCUACGGCUACUUGAAGUAUGGCGAGCAGGCGCAGGGCAGCGUCACCCUCAACCUGCCCAACGAUGCGCUGCUCGCCCAAAUCGUCCGCCUGCUGAUGGCGGUGGCCGUGCUCGCCUCGUACGCCCUCCAGUUCUACGUGCCGAUGACGAUACUGGCGCCGGCCGUCACGCGCCACUUCCGGCACCGGGCACUGGCCGAGUACGGGCUGCGGCUCGCGACCGUCCUGCUCACGUUCGUGCUGGCCGCGAUCAUCCCGAACCUCGGCACCUUCAUCUCGCUCGUCGGUGCCGUCUCGACCUCGACGCUGGCGCUCGUCUUUCCGCCGCUGAUCGAUCUGCUGACGCUCUGGCCGGCCCGCACCGAGCGCUGGCGCUGGACCGUGCUGAAGGAUGCGCUGAUCAUCGCGUUCGGUGCCUGCGGGUUUUUCUUCGGCACCGCCAAAAGCCUGGCCACCAUCUUUGCCGGCGGCCCGCCGGACGGUGGCAUACACUGAAUGGUGGCGUACACAAACUACCGAACCCGCUGCUGCUGCCAAAACUCACCAUCGUCUCGAAGCGUUACCUUACAAGACAAACUGAUCGAUAGACUUAAGGCCUUUGUGUUGUUGUUGUUGUUGUUUUUUAGUACUAACACAAAUGUCCCACUAUUGGGUGUGAAUAUUUAUCGUCGCAAGCAAGGAAUGAGGAGAAAGACCCUCCCGGGACCUGACUGUAAAUCGUACCGCUAGCAGCGUAUGCUAUUGUGUCGCCGCGCUGGAGACCACCACCCGGCCAGUCCGCCAAGUACAGUAGGCCAUUUGGGAAAGGGGAGUAGUUCCUUUCUAUACACAACAACAGAAAAAAGGUCGCAGAAAGGUGGACUGUCCGUGUGGAAAACGAACUAGAAGUAAGGAAAAGGGCGACAAAAAUUGUGAAGCGGCGCGUUUUGAAAAUAAAUAUAUUUAUAUUUGUAUAUUUACACA